GAUGACCCUCUGUUUGAGGUGAUUACCACACUGGGCAAUAAAAGGGCAAGCCUGGCCUCCUUGCUAAUUAGGUCAUUUACUGCAGCCAGUCAGUUUAUAAGGACAGCGGUGGAUAGGAGGGGGCAGUCACUACGUAUCCACUCACAAGAUAACCUCAGCCUGUGAUCCUACUAGAGUUCCUCCUCUGAGCUGUAGAAGACACGCUGGUUCUGAGAAUGCCACACUUAACUGACUGUAGCUACUACAAGAUGCGAGACGGAGCCAGAGUUUCCAGCGUUCAGAACCACCUGGAGAGCUCCAAGUACCACAUACACCAAGCCCAGGCCCAGCAGGUCAAGCAGUACCUGACCCUGGGCAGCAAGCUUGCCAGUCAGGCCCACCCGCACCCAGGGCAGGCCCUGGGCCCCAUGCCCGUCAUGCGCAAUGGACACAUGCCGCCCGUCAGCGACAACAGCACACCCGGCAGCCCCGUCACCCUGCUAACGCUCGCCAACAGCCACGACAGUGAGUUUCCAAUGGAUGAAGUUAUUGAUGAUCUAAUUAGCCUUGAAUCCGGUGGCUUGGAUUGUAUGGAGCCUAGCAUCAUAAUGCAAAACAACGUGUCCCUGAACAGUGGCAUUCUGGAGGUGUACGGCGGUGACCAAGGUAUGACUGCCCCUCAUGGUGGACUGACACCCCCCUCAUGCCCCACAAAGUUCUCUGUUAAAAGGGAAGUCACAGAACAUGAUACCAGAGUCUUAGCAAAAGAGAGACAGAAAAAAGACAACCACAAUCUGAUUGAAAGAAGGCGACGGUACAAUAUCAACUACAGAAUCAAGGAGCUUGGAACUCUCAUACCAAAGUCCAAUGACCCUGAUAUGCGCUGGAACAAAGGGACCAUCCUCAAGGCCUCAGUGGAGUACAUUAAGUGGCUACAGAAAGAGCAGCAGCAUGCCCGUGAGCUGGAGAGCCGACAGAAGAAGCUGGAGCAGGCCAACAGGAGACUACUGCUCAGGAUCCAGGAGCUGGAGAUUCAGGCUCGUGCUCAUGGUCUGCCAAGUACUCUGGGGGCUGUGGAACUCUCCUCUCACCUGCUAAAACAGCAGCAGCAGCAGCAGCAGCAGGCCCCUCAGCCUGUCCCAGGACCACAGGCCCCUCAGGCCUCUCAGCCUGCUCUGUACCCUCAGGAGGAGCUCAACGGUCCUGAAUACCUCCAGAGGACCUCCCUCCCCGCCAUUGUCUCAGCAGGAGGAGGCGGAGGAGUCAGCGAACAGGCUGAUGUCUCCACCACGUUCUCGGACCCGCUCUCGCACUUCACAGACUUCUUCAGUGCCACUCUGAAAGAAGAGCAUCGGCUGGAUGAGAUCCUGAUGGAUGAAGCGCUCUCGCCCUUUGGCGCUGACCCUCUGCUCUCGGCCACCUCCCCCGCUGCCUCCAAAGGGAGCAGCCGCAGGAGCAGCUUUAGCACAGAUGACGGUGACGACCUCUAACCAACUGACCUCUGUCAGACAGAGGUUGAGUAAAGCAGUCUGGCCCCUACAGGAGGCCCUCUAGAGGAGGAAAAAAGAAGCACAGGCUCUUGGACACUUGUGUGUGCAACUGAACUCCCGCUUUGUGCAUUGGACUACAGGGUGCUAAACUCUGGUCCUGGAUAUCUACUAGCUUGGAUAGUUUAGCUCCAACAGAUUUGGCUCUAAUGUCUUCUAUCGGUCUUGAUUGAUGAAUUGCUUGAUUCAAAUGUGCCAAUUCCACAUGAGCAAUAUAACACUGCUGUUGUAAGAAAACGUCCUAUUGCUGAAAAGGCACCUUUUAACAAGUAAAGAAAGUUCAAUUUUAGUAAAAGAUAAAGCUUUGCUUUGCUUCUAAGUGGCACAACUGUCUAUACGAUGCCUGGUGAUGCCCUAGCCAUCUGUAGUCAGGAGUCCAAUACAGCACAAUUGGCCUCACUCUCUCUGGAUGAGUAAGAUAGUCCUCCCUAACCCAUUACCUAGAGCAAUGCUAGCCAACAUGGCCAUCCAUUAGCUGGUGUAACAGAGUUGGAGGUUAGUGUUCUCCUCCAAGUAUGUUGAGCUGGCCAAACACAUUGCAUUAGUGUAAGUUCAAAAAGAGCAGGUGAUGAGAGAAGAUGCUUUCCUUUAUGACAGCAAAGAUAUAUUACGUCAAUAAAACUGCCACAAGUAUGUAAACUAAAAGACUUGACUAUGUUGAUGCA